AAUGGCGCUUUCGUUUCCUCAAUAGGUUGAAUAAUCAAGAGUGACCCCCACCAAAACCUCUGCAACAACGUCACCAAAUUCCUCGUGAAAAACUCCGAUUCUUUUCUCGAACACGAUCAGGCGUUUUGUUUACUUUGAGAGUUUCUGCUGCGUCUCUUUGUCUUCCUUUGCUGUCACCGUCUUCUUCAACUGAGUUAUUAAACGAACCCAACUGAGGAUGGGGUGUUGUGUGAGCAAAAAGGCCAAGUUGAAAGCCAAUCAGGUUUCACGGUGGCGGUCAACGGGCAUUGUUGCUUUACGCGACGCCAAAUUGAAGACAUUUCCAGAUGAAGUUCUUGAUCUCGAGAAAUCUGUGCGCACUCUUGACUUGACAAACAACAAAUUAGUUGAAAUUCCUUUGGAUAUCAGCAAAUUAAUCAACAUGCAGCGCCUGGCCUUAGCUGAUAAUCUUAUUGAGCAACUACCAGUGAAUUUGGGGAAACUUCAAUCUCUAAAAGUUAUGACGCUUGAUGGGAAUCAAAUUUCUUCCUUGCCUGAUGAAUUGGGCCAGCUCGUCAGGCUUGAGCAGUUAUCCAUCUUAGGAAACAUGUUAACCAGCUUGCCUGAGACUAUUGGGAGCUUGCGCAAUUUGGUUCUUUUGAAUGUAUCUUCUAAUAAGUUAAAGUCUCUUCCAGAAUCAAUUGGGAGUUGCUUCUCUUUGGAAGAAUUACAAGCAAACGAUAAUCUUAUCGAGGAUCUUCCUGCAUCAGUUUGCAAUCUCAUUCACUUAAAGUCACUUUCCUUAAACAAUAAUAACAUUAGCCAGAUACCUACUAAUCUGCUGAAGGACUGCAAGGCAUUGCAGAAUAUAUCCCUGCACAGUAACCCAAUUUCAAUGGAUCAAUUUCAGCAGAUGGAAGGAUUCCAAGAGUUUGAGGCAAGGAGAAAGAAGAAGUUCGACAAGCAAAUCGAUUCUAACGUCAUGAUCAGUUCCAAAGGCCUCGACGAGGGGGUUGAUUUAUAAUGUCAUUACAGAUGGACAUUGUGAUCAAUCUGUUUGGAGUUUGGGACAGAUAGCAUUGGUAACACAUUGAAACAAUAUAAAUGAUAGGCCUUUGGGUUUCCCUGCAAAUAUCUCACUACAAAAUUGCAUAAAAAAUAUUAAGAUUUUUUUUUUUUUUUUUAAAGGAAGCCUAUACGAACUGGGUUGUCACAUUGGACCGUAAUCAAUAUUAAUUAAUGUAAAAAUAUUUUAAUUUUGUGUGUUA